GCCGCCGAUGUCAAGUAAAUAUUAAAUAAAAACAUUCCGCCUUUUCUUGAACGGUCGAUCGUUGCAUUAUUCGAUGUUUCAACCAUGUGUUUUUUUAAUACAUAGGUUUUAGAAUAUUUUUCUUGAACUUUUUUUUUUUGAAUUUCUCUUGACAGGACAAUUAAAUUAGAAUAUUACAUUAUGGUUCGUAAGAAAAUCGACAAUCGGAUCAGAACUCUGAUCGAAAAUGGUGUGACGGCUGGCCAUCGAACAAUGUUUGUUAUUGUCGGAGACAAAGGCAGAGACCAGGUUGUUAUAUUACAUCAUAUGCUAACAAAAGCAGCUGUCAAAGCACGGCCAAAUGUGUUAUGGUGCUAUAAAAAAGAGUUGGGAUUUAGCAGUCAUCGUAAGAAACGUAUGAAGACUAUUCAACAUAAAGUUAAAGCUGGCAAGUUAAAUGUUAACGAGGAUGACCCGUUUGAGUUGUUUGUUGCUUCAACUAAUAUUCGUUAUUGUUAUUAUUCUGAAACGCAUAAAAUUCUUGGAAACACAUAUGGAAUGUGUGUACUUCAAGAUUUUGAAGCUUUGACACCAAAUCUGUUAGCGCGUACCAUUGAAACAGUUGAAGGUGGUGGUUUAAUAAUAUUUUUAUUAAGAUCAUUAAAGUCUUUAAAACAGCUUUACACACUUACCAUGGAUGUUCAUGAAAGAUUUAGAACAGAAGCUCAUCAAGAUGUUGUUGCUAGAUUUAAUGAAAGGUUCAUGUUAUCUUUAGUAUCAUCUGAAAGGUGUUUGGUAGUAGAUGAUCAAUUAACAGUGUUGCCUAUUUCAUCAAAAGUGCUUGAUUUAGUUCCUACCGAUAAAAUAACUGAGCCAACAAUCAAUGAUCAAGAAUUAACUGCUCUAAAAGAAAAUAUGAAAGAUACACAGCCUGUUGGAUGUUUAGUUAAUUGCUGUAAAACUGUUGAUCAGGCUAAAGCAUUAUUGACUUUUAUUGAAGCAAUCUCCGAAAAAACCCUUAGGUCUACUGUGUCUUUGACAGCGUCACGUGGUAGAGGGAAAUCUGCCGCUCUCGGUAUAGCUGUUGCUUCCGCAGUUGCAUUCGGUUACUCUAAUAUUUUUGUCACAUCACCUUCCCCUGAAAAUUUAAAAACGUUUUUUGAGUUUGUUUUUAAAGGUUUCGAUGCUCUUGGGUAUCAAGAACAUUUGGACUAUGGAAUAGUUAGAUCGACUAAUCCUGAUGACAAUAAAGCAUUGGUUCGUGUAAAUAUAUUUAGAGAUCAUCGUCAAACAAUUCAGUACAUAAUUCCAGCAGAUUCUAGCAAAUUGAGUCAAGCAGAAUUGGUAGUAAUUGAUGAAGCUGCAGCUAUACCACUUCCACUAGUAAAAGCCAUGCUUGGUUCUUAUUUAGUAUUUUUAGCUUCAACAAUCAAUGGAUAUGAAGGAACGGGUAGAUCGUUAUCUUUGAAACUAUUGCAACAGCUUCGAUCACAAGCAACUCCUAUUGGGAACAAUACAAAUGAUAAAGCUGGUCAAAAUGCUAUAACUGGACGAUUUUUAAAAGAAGUGACUCUUGAAGAAUCUAUACGUUAUAAACCAGGUGACGAUAUUGAAAAAUGGCUUACACAACUGUUGUGCCUGGAUGCUACAAAUAUUGCUCCAUUACUGUCUGGUUGCCCUCCACCUGACACAUGUGAAUUAUACUAUAUCAAUAGAGAUACUUUGUUUUGUUAUCAUAAAGCAUCGGAAGCUUUUUUACAACGUAUUGUUUCGUUAUAUGUAGCUUCACAUUAUAAAAACAGUCCUAAUGAUCUUCAAAUGAUGUCAGAUGCUCCAGCACAUCAUUUAUUUUGUCUUCUUGGGCCUGUUGCUUUAGAUAUGAAAACAUUACCUGAAGUAUUGUGUGUGAUUCAAGUAUGCCUUGAAGGAGAAGUAUCUCAAACAUCAGCAACAGAAGCAUUAAAACGUGGUAAAAGAGCUGCUGGUGAUCUUAUACCAUGGACAAUAUCUGGGUGUUUUCAAGACGAACAGUUUCCUUCUUUAUCUGGAGCUCGUAUUGUACGCAUAGCCACUCAUCCGGACUAUCAAAGUAUGGGUUAUGGCUCUAGAGCUUUGUCGUUGUUAAAAAUGUAUUAUGAAUUUUUAAUUCCCAAUGUUGAGGAAGGAAAUUUACCUAAAGAAAAUAUUGAAUCUAUUCAAGAUGAAGAAAUAAAUAUACUUGAAGAAAGAAUAGAACCACGCAAUAACUUGCCUCCAUUAUUACUAAAAUUAAGUGAAAGACCUCCAGAGCGCCUUGAUUACAUUGGAGUUUCAUUUGGUCUAACAGGUCCAUUGUUAAAAUUUUGGAAAAAAUCUGGUUUCAUUCCUCUGUAUAUAAGACAAACUAAUAAUGAAUUAACUGGUGAACAUUCAUGUAUUAUGAUUUCAUCAUUGAAUUCUCCGGAUUCAUCAAAAAAUCCAAAUUGGCUUCCUCAGUUUUGGACAGAUUUUCGCCGACGUUUUAUAUCUUUGCUAGGUUACCAGUUUCGAAAAUUUUCUCCUCAACUAGCUCUUGGGGUUUUGCACAAUACAAAUAUAGAAUUACCAUCAGAAAGAAAUAUGUUGAGUAAAAUGGAGCUGGAUAUUCAUUUGAGUGUAUAUGACGUUCUUCGAUUAGAAAAAUAUUGUAACAAUAUGGCGGAUUACCACCUAAUAAUGGACCUUUUACCAACAUUGUCUAAACUAUAUUUUCAAAACAAGUUUGGAGAUACACAUUUCUCAGCUGUGCAAAAAGCAUUACUAUUAGGGUUAGGCCUACAGUAUAAAAAUGUAGAAGAACUUGCUACUCAAUUUGACUUAGUACCUUCACAGUUAUUGGGAUUAUACAAUCGUAUGAUGCGCCGAAUGUUACAAACAAUAAAUACUAUUAUGGAACAAAAUGUCGAUAAUGAAAUGCCUACAAUACAGCCAAUAGCUGACAAUGAGCUAAGACCAUUGGCAAAGCCUUUGGAUGAAGAAUUAGAGCAAGCUGCUAAGGUUUUGAAAAAGAAGCAACGCAUUGAAUUAGAAAAAUUAAAACAAGAAAAUCUAAAUAGAUACGCAAUAAAGGGUACUGAAGAUGAAUGGGGCAGAGCAUUAGGAAAAACUGGUAAAGCUAAAAGUCUCAUUAGUGUUAAAAGUGGAGAAAAAAGAAUAGCAGAUCAACCAACUAAUGAGUUAGAAGAAGCAAUGGAACCUAAAAGAAAAAAGACCAAGAAGAAAUUCAAAAAAAAAUAAUUGUUUUUAAUUAUUGACACUAAAUAAACAACAAUUGUUCUUAUUUUAUUUUA